AUGUCGCCCAUCAGCCUGCUUCGCGUUAGGCUGAUUAUCAAGUCAAUUGUCGUCAUGUUUUUAUCUUCUAGUCACGGAGCACUGGCUUCAAGCUCGCUCAUAUCCAGGAGCGACCCGUCCAGUAUCCCGGCGGACGCGACCGGUAAUAUUGACAAUGCCGAAGAUCUGUACGGCUUUGGCGUGCGAAUGGGAAUCUACGUUCAAGCGCUCGCCUUCCUCAUCGGCUUCUUCAACGUCCUGCGUCUCGACCCCAAGGCACAGUUCUCCGGUGUCGUGAUCGCCUUCACCAUCCUAGUCCGCUGGUUCAUGCGUCUAAGCAACCGGGACAUCUCUGUAGCUGAACUGUGGGUUGGCCUCGCGCUUCUGCUGCUUGUGUCCUCAUCCGGCAUGUGGCUACUGUUCUUCACUCUCGAGACUCAGCGACGGAAAUGGUACCGCAAGGUGCACGACAAACGACAAGCCUUCGCAGAAGUGACCAAGGGCCAGACGCUCAAUAUUCUUCAGGCGCUCGUAGUCUUCCUAUGUACGGUCGUCGCAAACUCGUACUUUUCAUAUUGGAUCAUCGCUACAAAUCACGUUGACAAUUAUCCACCUGCAAACGGCACUCAGAACAUAAUCUGGCUCGGCGUACCAGUGUCCGUCUCGUCAACUUGGGUCAAAGUCGUCAUGAUAACACAGGCCGCGCUAGGUACCGCAUUCACUGCUUUUCCCGCGUUCGUCUAUGUGCUCGCCGCAGCUUUCGCUAUGAUAUCAUACUGGUUUCCCAGACAAAGCAAUAUGUCUCCGUUGCUUAACACGGAAGAAGAACUGGAUAAGAGAACGAGACUGGAGACCAAGAGGUGGGCUUGGGGUUUUGGUGCCGCGCUGUUUCUGAUGUGCUUAUGCCUGUCUUUGAGCGUGGAGCUCACACUGAAGGCUGCGGGGCUAACACCAGAGAUGAGUUUACAAAGACCCGGGCAGCUGCUGCCUCUUAUCGCCGGUGCGACGUCAUGCGUUUCGUCCGCGGCCGACACGUUUGGAGGUCAAAUACCGGUGCAUAGAGAGCAUCGCAGAGGGCAGUCGAGCGUAUUUAGGUCAUUUACAGCCCAGAGGAGUAGUAGCCGAGAUGGUUCGGGCUAUGUGGAGUUGGAGGAUACGGCUGGGAAGGAGGACAGACAGGACACUAAUGAAGGAAUACAUGCCACUUCACCAACGCCCACCCCUCCUAGGCACGACCUUCAGAAUAUUGACAAUGGGCCUUUUGUGAACACGUAUUCCCAUACAACCAGUGGAAAUCUACUUCAGCAUGACAACAAUGUCGUGCCGGGAACCAGCUAUUCCGGGAUUUCGCGAUUCUAUACAAAUCAAGGACGGGCGUCCACGUCUUACUCACAAACAUACGGAGGAGGGCCCAGCUAUACACAAGAUUUACCCGCGUACUCGGGUGUGUCUCCUGUUUACAGCAAUAACUCGUCGCCAUAUACGGGAGGCUACAAUCCGCGCAAGUGGAAUUCGCGAUACGAGCCGUUCCGAAGGAUGCUGUGACGUUUUGAACGCAAAUUUACUCAUAUAGAUUCUUGUUUUUUAUUAAAGGGAGCAAUGUAUCCUAUCCUCCCCCCCUUGAACGCAAUGCUCUUAGCGGAUAGUGUUCGGCUUAAGUGGAAUACAUUUACUGUCGGCAUCGGAGUGUUUGCAAAAAAGGUAGCAAAUGCCUCUCAAAUCCUAUUACGUCAGGAUCAAUAUUUGCGAAAUUGUGG